AGCCAAUGUAUACGAACGUAAGCUCUAUUAUUAGCCCUGAUAUCAGCAACCAUCAAAAGGAAAAUUGCUCCUCCACGUAGACCAAUCUCUCCCCUAAAGCGAAGACAGCAUGUAAAAAGACCUUGUAUCACUGGAUCUCGCAUUUUUAUUUUUUCAUUGCGAAAUCUCCUCGAAUUUCCGCGUUUCGAAUAAUAUAUAAAUAGCUUUCUUUUUGAGCUGAUAUCGACAUAGUAACUGAACAUUUGAAUUGGUUUUUUGAUAGUAUGCAAUGAAAUAAUUCUUUUUAAAGUAUGUAGAAGUAUAAAAUUCUGCUUUCGUCUACCGUUAUAUGUAAAAUAACCUGUUCUAUUAUUUAAAAUUUCAUAGGAAAUAUUAAUUUUAAUUUAAACCAUUCUGAUAUUGAAUCGAUAAUGUUGCAUGUGAUACGAAACUGGUAAGGGGCUUAGAUGACUCCCAAAACGUGAAACAAGAAGAGGCAUUAAAUUGUCAGGUCUAUCAUAUUGUAAUCAUAUCGCAACUGCGUGUAUGUUCGAUCGGGUCGCGUCGUCGCGUGUCACGGUGCACCAUAGUACUAUCGCAUCGACAAGUGACGCGUGGAACGGUUCGUCACUUGUCUGUAAUGUUAAUCGGGUUAAGCUUCUUAUGAUAUUCGCAGUAGUGUCAUUAACAACAAUGUAAACGGAAGGAACCAUGUUAAUGGGAGGAAUAAAAGUGCUUUGUUUGUACCCAAUUAUUGUUCUCUUCAACAUCUGGAUAUUGAAUAGCACUGGUGGAGGUUCUUACGUCGAUACAAGUAUUGGUUCAGAUGUGUUUUUUGAAAUUAUAUAUCCACCGGAAUUGAAGUAUACAUAUAAAUUAAGGCCCGCGAAAGAUUUUGGAGCACCAUUUAAUGCAAGUUUUUUGGAGGAAGGAAUCCCUUUAGUUCCAACUGACCCUCCUCAUGGCUGUCAAGUAGCAAAAAAUGCCAAAGAAUUAAAAGGUAGAAUUGCAUUAGUUGAGAGAGGAGACUGUAGUUUCUUUGCUAAAAGUAUAAUGGCCGAAGAAGCUGGGGCAAAAGCUGUAAUCAUAGCGGAUUAUCACUCAUCCUCUAUUGAAGAAUCAAUAACUAAUUCUUUAUGGGCUGACUAUUAUUAUAUAGACAUGAUACGCGACGAUACUAUUCCUUCAACAAAGACAGUAAACAUUCCUGCUGGAUUUUUGCUCGGUAAGAACGGCAAAAUGAUCCGACAAACCCUAAAACGAUUGAAUCAACCAUUUGCCUUAAUUAAUAUCCCAGUAAACUUAACUUAUACCUCUUUGGAUAAAUUGCACCAACGCCCUUGGUUGUUUUGGUGAUUAUCAAUAGGAUUUUUCAUUGAUUUUCAUAUAAUGAAACAAACGUAUUGAUUUACAAAGAAUUAGAGUCUCAAAAUUACUAAAAAAUGUGGGGUUACUUCUAAUCAAAGUAAUUAUGUGAACAAUUUAUUGUGCACUGUACUUGUAAAAGAUAAGAAAUACAAUCUUAUACAAUUUA